CGCAGUCGUGAGCUGCAGCCUUGGAAUGGGCGGACCGCGGCGGGGGAAGCUUGUGCGUGCUGACAAGCCCGGCAGAGCGCGUGGGGUUGCACGGGAGCCCCAUUUGGGAUUGGAGAGCGUGACCUGGGUGAAGUGGAGAGGGUAAGGAGGAGGCUGAGGGCCGGAAGGGCGGACGAGCUGGCCCGUUGGGCAUUGGCGAUGACUUAAGGGGGUUGCAGAGCAAGGGAUGCUGCUGGACAGCCGACGGCCCUGUUGGAGCCCUGCGAUGCCAAUUGGCUGCGUUUCUAAGGAAUCAAGCAUGUCCACUGGGAAAGUUGUACAAAAUGAUCUCCCCAGAAGAGUAACUACAUUGUGAAGAUGUUUAAAACAAAUCUACCAUGAAAAUACUGUGACUUCAACCUUAGUACCUUAUGUUGACAUCUUUGGCCUGCUCAGAGAUGUUUUUUGCAUUUUCAAGAAAAAAUGUGUCCCAGAAAUUGAGUUUAUUAUUACUGGUAUUUGGUUUUAUCUGGGGCAUAAUGUUACUGCGCUACACCUUUCAGCAUCCAAGGGAACAGAGCAGCGCUGAGUUGCGUGAACAAAUACUUGACUUAAGUAAAAGAUACGUUAGAGCACUGGCAGAAGAAAACAAGAAUAUAAUGAAUGGUGGUAAUGGAGUUGCAAUGGCAGGAUACGCUGAUCUCAAAAGAACAAUUGCAGUUCUUCUAGAUGACAUCUUGCAACGCUUGGUCAAGCUGGAAAACAAGGUUGAUUACAUGGUUGUAAAUGGCUCAGCAACAAAUACUACAAAUGGGAACUUGAUGCCAGCAAACACAAGCAAACGGGUACAUGCGGCAAGCAACAUAAGAUAGCAUUCAAAAUCACUUUGUGUAUGUAGCUGGAUCUGCUACAGAUCGAGUUCCAUUUCAGUAGAGAAAAGCAACGGUUGGCUUAAGGAAGUCUGCAUCCUGUUUCAACACACAGUCCCAACUUCUUUAUAUAAAGGUCUAAAAUCUUUUGUUAAGAUAGCUCUUUCAUAAAGCAAUGCUGUAUUAUAUCUUAUUUAAAGAUAUGCUGGUUACAUAGCUAGUGUAGAAAGGUAAGUAGGUAAAUAUGUAAAUCAUGUGUGAGGUUCGAUGACAAUUAUGGAAAAAGAUACAGAUUUAAUAUCUACCUUAAUAUAAAUCUAACAUAUCCUGGGGAAAUUUAGCUUAAUCCUGUGAUCUGGUUUAUUAAUGCAUAGCAAUGAAGAACAAUGCCUUUAACACGAGUGCUGGGAAGUAUGUAUAUGUAAAGUAUUUUAACAUCACCUUUAGCUGAUUGUUUUUGAGAUAAUAUUGUGGAUAACAUCCUAAAAUGGUGAUCCAAAGAAUGUCUUUUAUUUGCACUAUUUGAAUAGCUUGAGAGAGACUAUAUUAUAAAUACACUUUACACUUGUGAAACUUAAGUAGCAAUAUGCUGAACUGCACACUUGCUACAGAACUAGGGGUGUUAGAUGAUCAGAGGCAAACUAAUCUGUGAUGGUGUAUAGCUGUUUCAGAUAUAUUUAAAUGUAAGUAUUUAGCAAGUGAAGAUAAAACUUAAGUGAUAGAAGUCACACUGAUCAGAUAUUGAACACUGCUAGCUUUUUUCAUUGCUUUUUAUGUGAACAUAUACCUUACAGCCUAUGAUAAAUGUGACACUAAUCUUGUUACCUCUUUUUAAACAAAACAAGAGGACUGGGCUGAACCUAGAUGAAGGGAAGAAAGGCACCUUGAUGUUUACUGAAUAGAUGUGCUAAAUGGGUGCAAUCUGUCAGGCACUACUGCUGUGUGAUUGCCUUUUGAAAUGUUUGGUGGUUGUGAAGCAACAGUGCCUGGUGGAUUUGCACCCAACCUUUCUUAUGAGGGACUUGAAAGCAAGUGGGAGCAAAGGUGAACAUUGCCUUAUAUCCAUGUUAGCCUUACAGCAGAGAAUUGCAGUGAGGGUGCACUACAUUACACAGUGUGCUUUCUGUUAUCAUAAAUUAUAAAAUGAAGUGCCAGUUUGAGUUCUGCAUCAAUAUGGAAUGAUUUCUAAAGGGUUUGUUCUAGUAUUUUUGCUUAAAAUAUGCUGUGUAGUUUUAAAAUAAUUUUUUAUUUAAAGAACUGGACUUGCGGUGCUAGGUACACCAUCCCAAAUGAUUAUUCCUGCAGAUGACUCUAGAAUCUGGAUAGAUUAAAAAUAAAUAAAAUGAAAUAUAUAUGAUCAAA